AUGGAUGCUUUCACUCGAUUGUUGGGAGAUUUGAAUUCUGAAGCUUGUCGUGCGAUAAUCCAGGUUAUCGAUAUCAUGUUGCAAACAUGCCCUUUUCAAACAUUAAGUGAAACUAUGAUCAAUACAGGCCUUUUAUGGAAGCUGCUCAACUCUAUCUUGUCUGGUAGUGAGUAUGUAGCGAUUGCUAAUCAACAAUACAAUUUGCCACAAAUCAAUUUGAUUGAAAAGGUGUUGGAAGUGUGGCUAGAUAAGUCAACAUUAUCCGAAGAGGAUGAAUCCUCUCAAAAUUUACAUGAUAGCUUUACAAAUGAAAAAGAGGAGGACGAAAAACCUACUUUACAAGUAACUUAUCAAGGAUUCAAUAUAUUUUAUAAAUCGUUAAUAGUUAUAGUGGAACCACCAGGACAAAUCAUUGAGUUUGGAGACAAUGUAAAAGUUGCUAGUGCUAUGACCAUUGAUGAUUAUCUCGGGCAAGAUGAUUCCGAUACAGAUGUUGGAUCUAAUGGAUCUAAUCAUGAUUAA